CGGGCAGCCGGGGUUUCCGCGGGGGCUGGGUGUGGCCGUUAGCGGCCGGGUGGCGGCGUGCCGCCAUGUUGCGCGGUCUGGGCUCAUGGCUGGGACUGGAGCGGGGGGGCGAGGAGAAGCUUCUCCCGGCAGAGGAGAGGAGCAGCUCCGCCGAGGAGGAGGAGGUGGCGGAACCGGCCGUGCAGGGCUCGGAGGGAGCGGAGCUGCAGGUGGACUCGGAGGCGCUGCUCGGCCAGGCCAAGGGACUCGGCAGUUACCUCUUCAAUUUUGCCACUGCUGCUACAAAAAAGAUAUCUGAUUCCGUUGCUGAAACAGCACAGACGAUAAAGAAGUCUGUAGAAGAAGGAAAAAUUGACAGUAUCAUAGAUAAGACAAUUAUCGGAGAUUUUCAGAAGGAACAGAAAAAAUUUGUCCAAGAGCAGCAAACAAAAAAAUCAGAAGCAGCAGUUCCUCCCUGGGUAGACAGCAAUGACGAAGAGACAAUUCAACAACAAAUAUUGGCCUUAUCAGCAGAUAAACGCAACUUUCUGCGGGAUCCUCCAGCAGGUGUGCAGUUCAAUUUUGACUUUGAUCAAAUGUAUCCUGUUGCAAUGGUGAUGUUACAAGAAGACGAGCUUCUCAACAGGAUGAGGUUUGAUCUUGUUCCCAAACAUGUAAAGGAGGAAGUGUUCUGGAGAAAUUAUUUCUACAGAGUAUCCCUUAUUAAACAGUCUGCUCAACUCACCGCACUUGCAGCUCAACAGCAAGCAGCAGGAAAAGAAGAGAACAAAGGCAGAGAAGAGGAUAGUCAACUGAAAGAAACAGUACGGCCAAAAACACCACCUGUUACAAUAAAGCCUCAAAUAAAAUCUCAAGAGGAUGAGGAAGAGAUCUCCACAAGUCCAGGUGUAUCAGAAUUUGUGAGUGAUGCUUUUGAUGCCUGUAAUCUGAAUCAGGAAGACCUAAGAAAAGAAAUGGAACAGCUGGUCCUAGGCGAAAAGAGAGAAGAGACUUCAGUAGUAGAAGAAGAAACUGCUGAUUGGGAAAAGGAAUUACAGCAACAGCUUCAAGAGUAUGAGGUUGUGACAGAAUCAGAAAAACCUGAUGAAAACUGGGAUAAGGAAAUAGAAAAAAUACUACAAGAAGAAAAUUAAGCAUUUUCACAAAAAUCACUAUAAACCUAAGCUUUUUCUGAGGACUGACAUGGAUUUCUGCUUUCAUAUUUUGCUUACGAAAGACCUUCAAAAGACAUAAUCUAAAAUGGUUAUAAUUCCAUAUGGGAAUACGACUAUUAUUUCUGUUCUUUAUAUGAGCAGUUUCUGAACUUCUACAUUCUUGAAAAGACAAAAAAAAAAAAAUACAAAAAAAAAGGAGACAGACACUGCAGGUUAUAAGUCAUCAUUAAAAGCUAUAACAUUACAUGAGGCAACAGUUUAGUUUGAGGCAUUUUAGGUGGUCAAGAAGCUCUGCAGAGAGAUUUCUAAAUCUAAGAAUCUCAAUUUGUUUGUCUACAACCUUCUGUCUGGGAUGUAAAAAUGGAUGUUGUAAGUAAUGUAAUCCUUGAAAAUCUCUCAUCAAUUUGCUGUCUUUGCUCUGUAUAAUCUGUAAAUGUGUACUAUUUUUAAGGUACUUGUAACUAGUUGCUUUCAUGUGUAUUUAAAUUCCUUUAUGUAUGUAGCCAAAGAAUUUGUAGAAAGCCCUAUCAAAUAACUUCCAGUAAUCUGCAAUACAAAAACACUAAUUCAGACUCCCAAAUACUGAUUUAUUAUUGAUCAGAUAGGGUUAACUGGCCAACAUUUAAGCAUUUAAAUAAGAACAGAGUUAUUAACUGUUUGAAUUAAACUGUUUUGUUAAAUCAUCUCAUUAAGACAAUGCCUUUCCCCACAGAGAGAAAGGGUUUAGUGCAUUCUUUCUUCAGAGGAGUGUUACGUUUCCGCUUAAUUUUGCUGUCUGAGUGAGAGAAAAUUAAAUGUUUCUCUUUAAGUGCUGAAACAUUUAUGUAAAAACUUUGGCUGAUUUGGACAUCUUUAUUAAAUACUGUAGAUAUGUUGUAGAUAUGACUCUUAUCUGGAGGGAGGGCAGUGAGGAGCAAGCAUAUUUCAGUCUUAUACAGAUUUAAAAAAUAUACUUUGUCGCAGUGCUUAAGACACGGAAUUUAAAUAAAACAUAGGGUUUUUUAAAAGAUUUUUUUUUAUUCUUCUUAGGCACCUGGAUGUUUCCUGUGAUUUUACCAUUAAGUCAGUGUCUUUAUGUAUAUGGAUGAAAAAUUUGAUGUUCUGUUCGUCAUCUGUUUCAUAAACCUCUUGACAAAACAUUCAUGAAGUUCCAAAUAUAAAGGAAAAUGGGUAAAAUGAAGUAGGUAGGAGCCAUUAACCACAAAUGAAUUAUAGGCAUGUUAUAUACAGUACACUCUGUCUUAAUGACAUAAUUCUGCAGAGAACUUUUGUAGAGAGUGAAAAGAUUAUAGCUGUAAUUAUUCAGUCAAUAUUCAUCCCGUGGGAACUAAAGAGAGCUGAGUAGUUUUAACUGUGGUUAACUGCAAGAAGGGACUAUUUAAAAUCAUCUCUAUUAGCAACAUGGACAGAAAGCCCUCCUGCAUUUCUCAGUGUGGAAAAUCAAUUGUUUUAAACCUACAAACAUUUGACUUCUCAAAGUAGUUUAUUACCAUACACUGUCUCAACUACAAAUCAUGUUAAGCAUGAUUUGUAUUUUUAUAAUGUUCUUCACUUCUAGUUAACAGAUGCAAGAGAAGUUGUGGGAAAUAAGAGGUACUUCAGGAGCUUUUUCUAUACCUGUGAUUAAUUAAAGGCCACAAAACUUAAAUCUGUUAUGCUUAUAAAAGUCAGACUAUUCAAAGCUUAAUGUUUACUCUUGACAAAUACAACUGCUCAGAUUUAAGGUGGAGACAUUGGGAUCUGUCUACUGUACAGUUUGACAUGACACCUUCUAAAAAAACAGUUCUAUUCUUAUAUUGGCAAGACUUUCCUGGUUGACUAAGAGCUCAAAAUCACUGCUCCGAAUGUCUGCUUUUGAUUGCAGAUUUCGAAACUAACCUUUGAGAAACAGGGAAAAGAUUGCCUAGGAUCCAUUUAGUUAGGCUUGGAACAGCGAUACAGCUUUCUUCCAACAUAAUAUCUCUGUUUUUUCUGUGCACCAAAGCAUCCUCUUCAUCUAUGACCUUACUCGUCCAGUUGCUAUUAAAAUGCAUAUGGGUUUUCUUGACUCGGCAAUUUGUUUGGAGGAAAAAGAAAACACACAUAAAAUCCUAGAAUAAAGUACAGUAAAAUGUU